UUGGAGGUUUGAUCCCAGCUCCUUGGUGUUUUUGUGAAAGCUCUGGGCGAGUUUAGUCUCCGUGAUUCUCUGAGCAGUUAUAAAAAAUACCUCUAUUGGAAAAUAAAGUUUUUGCUGUUAUUUAUCUUAUGAUUUGGAUGUCUGUGUCCCACUCUUGAUUCAGACAACAACCUUUACAGGUGAAUUAUCUGAUAGAUAUGGUGUCUGAGCUUUCUGAAUUUUGGAUUAAACCACAAAGAGACUUCUACCCCUAAAGCCCAUGAACUGAAAAGGGCCUGAAAUCCAUUUUUUCUCACUCUGAGAGAUUCACUGUUGCCUAGAAGCAGAUUACCGUUCCUCCUUUCCUUUCAGCCUGCAGUGAUUUCCUUUUCAUUCCCCUGCCUUAUCAAUGCUCCACAUCUCCCCUCCAUGUAUUCUCCUCUCUUCGAGUUGGAGAGAAUCCCUCCCUGCCCCUCUGCUCUCCCUAAUAAGCCAGGGCGAGAUUCCUUGGCUGACAGCUGUUCCAGAUGGCAUUAUUACUCCUCGGUUUCACAGUCAGCUGGCUCAGGAUCCACCACCGGUCGAGGUGGCUAUCCCUCCGCCGUGCCCGAGCUUCAACAUCAACACCAGCAUAUGGCAGUGUUACAUAAUAAUGCAUCAGUGGGGUGAUAUUUUACGGUGACCCUUCAACAAGUUCUCCUUUUCCUCUUUUCAUUUUUACGGGGAUUUUAUUCGAUGAAAGCUGAGUUCAAACCUGUUCAUUUUACGUUUACACGAGCAGAAAUUUAGUUCAACGUAAAGGUCGGGUUCAAAGGUUCAGGUACAAGAUAACACACCGAGAUGGGCUUUGAUUGAGGCGCAUUUGGGACUGUGCCAAGGGUCUCCUGGCUUAUCCAUAGAGCUCCAUCUGUGUAACGCUAUAUUAUUUCCCAUAAUGCUUAUACUCAAGACAACUGCUGGGUUACAAACCACCUGUUUUGAGAUAUUUGUCUUUGCUUCUUGUUUAAUCCUUUAUAAUUCCUCUCUCCAUCCAGAUCCGUCACCAAACAGAACUAGAACGCAUGAUCUCCUUUUCAUGGGCCAAUUUUUUUUUUCUUAUUUGGGCUUUUAUUAACACCCCUUUCAUUACGCAUUAGGUAACACAGCAUAAUAAAUCUGUGUGAUGUGAAAGGGGUUAUUUAUAUAAAUGUAGCCGAAGAAACUGAUCACCCAAACCUUCAGUCUGUCUCAGCUCCGAGGUUUCUUUAUGUAGCUUAUUAGCAUUUAGCUGGUGUACAUAGUGACGACUCAAAAAUGGACAAUCCAUUGAUUUGGACUGUUGGUUUCACAACUGGCUUUAAAUGAUCAAUAAUAGCCCGAGACAUUUAAUAAGAUCAAACAGAUUUAUAAGGGAUGAUGUAUACUGAGCGGGUGGUUAUGCUAAGUAGAAUUCCAAAAGGGUGAGCAGAACCUUGACGUAAAUUUGCCGUCCAUCUUGCCACUACAUAUUAAUUUAAAGAUGAAUUUAUUGAUUUUGCAGCUGUGACACCAAUGAGAUAAUUCUCACAGCUUUUAAAAUUGUUGCUAUCAUCACAAACUGCUUACGACUCGUGGCGUUCGGCAACUAAGAAUACACUCACCAGCUCUGUUGACAUUGCCCGGAUUGCAGGACAGGAUGUUGCGCUUCUGUUUUUCGAUGAGCGAUGUUUGGGGACCAGUAGUUCCUCAAGGUGCUUUCACAUCCGUACCUGCUGACUGUCAUUAUAUCCUCACCUUUAAGAACAGCUGUAGAUGGAAAGAAACUAAACUUUUUUUGAAUGCUAAUUGUAGUUACUGUUUUUGCCACAGUGUCAACAGGCUCAGGUGUUAUGCUUGAUUUGAUUGGACUUGAGUGAUCCAGUUGUUCCUAACAUCACUUCAGUUGCUGGUUUUGACAAAUUACAAUUAACUAAUUUUACUUGGCUGGGUAUUUAGCGAAACUAUCCAGCCAUAAUCUUGGCUACCUUUUUGUGCUUCGGUACCAAAUCCUGUUUUGAUCUUCUCCCACAGAUCCUGAGCAGCUUCCAUGAGGGUUCCAACUUUUUGACAUUGGAAUUAAAUCUGCUUAGGACCAAAACAGAGUCAAAAAGAGAGUACAGACUUGGGUAGUCCUCUUUACGCAGCAGCUAUGCUAAAGUAGCCAACACUGCCAUGAGCACUACGUACUUGUGCGUUGGAGUGUCUUCACUGCACUGUAAUUACUUAAAUGAAAUGCUAGUCGGCAGUGCAAUUUCUACGCUCGAUAUGUCACUAGUUUCCACUCCUGCCAUGUUUCUGCACGCAUGUGAACCAGGAAACCAUGACAAAUAAAAAAAAUUUAAAAAAACAUUAUAUUGCAUUCACACAGGAUGGGAAUGGAAUUAUUUACCAGUCUAAUUUUUGCGCACUUGAACACCUACGAACAUAUCACGUCUAUACAAGUGCCGAAAGAUGCAAAUUUAGACAAGCGAGGAGGGGUGUCCUUUAGUCAUCAAAUAUGUUGUGUUUCUUUCACAACUUAGUUAGCAAGCUCUCUUUUAACUAUCAGUUUUGUCGUCAAAUUUCUAGGAAGUCCGGAAUUUCCAAAUGUCUUCAGGGGAUGACUUGAUGCUGAUUGGCUACUGUGGUGCAGGUAAUUCGCUUCAAUUCAGACACCCCCUUGAGAGAUGAAUGUUGCCGACCGCUUGCUUCUCUAGUUAUACCAACUUUAGUAAUGACCGCACGAUAGCAAUACAGAGAGACACGUGCUCAACCAAAACGCCACUCUAUAGCCACAAAUAAUGCUCAGAACAGCACCUAACUUCAUCAACAGGACAUAUAGGGUCCCAGCCAUAGUACUAGCCACCAAACAUCUUUUUAACUUUGACUCAUUUCUUUAGCAAAGAGACUAAACACAACUCACCAACUCUCUUCCAGCAGCCACUUGUUUGUAGCGAGACCUCAGGCCAGUCCAUUACAGACUACAGCGGAGUGCCGCAGCUCCAGGAAGAACAUUUAUGAUCAUUUCUUCAUGGAAAUGCGAUCAGUGUUGAGUGCUUCAUGAAUUCUUUUGUUCAACAUGCUAAAAUCAUGCCUUCCUGUCACUUGGCAAUAAGUCGUAUUUCUUUGCACUGACUUCACACGCACUUCUUUCACGCAUACUUUGAUUUGCAUCUGGUGUGAACACAACAUGACGCUUCCGAUCACCAGGUGGCCUUAAAGGAGUUCAAACAUUAUCGCUGGCACUCGUCUAUUCCUUUAAUUCAUACUUUUUAAUUUCAGAAGUGAUUAGCAUUGACUAAGACUGGUAUCAAAAGUGAUCUAGUGGGUGUAAUAUGUGUAUAUUUAGGUAUGUGCAGCAGAAUCCGGGGUGACUGAGUGUGCGUUUCAUGCUCAUGUUGCAGUUAUUGUAUGCCAGGCCUCUUCAUAAACCCUUCUGUUCCUUUCUCUGAACCACCAACUCUUUGUUGAAUGUGACUCCUCCAUCGCGCCCGACACGUGCUCACACGCCAGCUUUUCCAUCCACUUAUUUACGCCGCACAAAUGCUCACGCUCACAGCCCAUAUGGUCACAUGCCAGCCAACAUACACAACAUGUCACACCCACAUUUACAAAUUCACACCCCCUUUUAUGCUCACAUACGCUGCAGCGUGUAUGCACUGAUUAGCGAAUGCAUGCGCAGAACUUGCACAAACACAUCACAACAUACAGCUGUAAACCACACACUCAAACACACUUAGAGAUACGCACACACACACACACGUCACACUCCUGAGUUGGGGCUUACUCUAUUGGCUGGUCUUAACUGCUUUGUAGUAUUUUUAGGCCUGUUAUUCUGGGGCCUGUCCUGGCAGGCCACUGGCAGGGUAUAUAAGCUCCCCCUGCAAGUGGGGACCACUGAGAACACAGAGUGGAAACAUCUCUGCCUGGCACUUCAGCCAACAUCCAACAGGCAUUUCAAAUCCUCUCAGGGUGAGUAAAAGCCUAAUCGACUUGGAGGGAUGUAGCCCCCUGAAACCUUUAGUUUUGUGAGGUGAAUGUGAAUUUAACCACCGUUUUAAAGGGUUAUGCUGACGUUUUUUAAUGAAGUAUAGUUAAAACUAAACAGGUGCUCGAUUAGUUUGGAGGAAAUCAUAUUUUCUUCGGUUGGAUUUAUUCCAACAUCAGGAGCAGGUCCUCACAAUUUGGGGAGAAUUUAGGGACCCGCGGGACUUUCACUUUGGUUGCACUCUAGGAAGGUCAGAGGUCAGGGUGAGUUGCAGCACAUUGCUCACAGAGCUGAUUGGAGUUAAUGGCCUGCUGAAGGACACUUGAGCCGGGCUGAUACAUGCCGGCAUGGGGCUUCAGAUUGGGUCGUCUGGUUGAAGGACAGUCAGGGUUUCCUCUGUGCCAACAGGCUGUUUCUUUGUAAAAAUUCACCACUGUUCCAGGGAGGGUCAUAGUUAGAGGAUAAAAAGUGUUGUCACGUGUUGCAUCCACACAGUAAAGCCCUCAAUAAGAGGCUUCAUCACAUUCACAUAUAGAGAGUUAUAGAGUCGGACUAAUUUGGUGAAGGUUUUGACUUUUUUAGCCUUGACAGAGAGUAAUGAUCCCAACCUUUGCGUUAAUUUCUGGUCAUGAAUAGACAUGAUAUAAUUGCCAAUUCAUCACUGUCUCGCAUUGUAUGAAAGUACUUUCUGCUUCACCCGGCGCAGCAUGUGCAAAAGUGCUUUGGAUCCUUUGUGAAGGGUUCCCACAGCAACUUAAGCUCCUGAACAAAGUACUGAAGCCCUACCUGCUCAUAGGAUUAAGAGCAGCUGCUAUAAAUAGUUCUGAGAAAAUGGCAAAUGUGUCCUGAAUAGUAUCUACUUUCUCUCUGGGUAGGACGCCAUGCUUCCAGCAUAAUGUCAGCUAAAGUUGCAAUCCAGAAGUUUUCCUUCCCCUUCUCCUGCGCUGCACGCCUCCCUCAGCAAGAUGAGGUGACCCAGGCGGGAUGCAUACAGGCGAAGGCUCUGGCGCUUCAUGAUCUCCAGGAGAACCAAAUCAUAAGCGAACCAAAUCUUGUCGCAGUGGUGGGGGCUCUGGUGCAGGAUGAGAACAGGGUCCCAGAAAGUCAACAGGCUCCUCCAAUGGUUGCGGCCCAGGUCCUGGACAGUGCAGAAGCUUCCCAGAGCGCUGUGGUCUGCAGGCGGAGCGUGUUUGAGAAACUGACGAUUGAAAAUGAGGAUCAGCGUCCUGCAGCGAAGAGACAGCUGUCAUCUGAGAGCGCAGCGAGGACCAUCACUGUGGUGAAGAAGAGCGCGGUGAGGAAGGACACAGAGGAACUGAGGCACCUGAAACUCAAACCACACCUCGGACAGCGGGUGUCCUCUACGGCGACGGCGAAGAGGAGGUGUCGAAAGGACCUCUUCACCGGCUCUGAGGUCUUCCACAGGGUUGAUUCGCAUGCCAUCAGAGCAGGAGCAGAGGUGAUGACAAGAACACACAAUCAUCCCGGUGUUACAUAACACAGGGGGUGCACUAACACCUAAGGCUUUGUUUUAGAUGUACUUACCAUCCAGCUCUUAUUUUGGUCAAAGCAGAGUCUUAACAUGGUGACUAACCGUUGAGUCGAUGCAUCAGCUUUCACUCUACACAAAACGACAUUAUCAACCAUAUUUCAGCUUCUUCUACACAAAUAAAAAUAAUCUCGAAUUUGCAACCAGGUUAGCUCCAAAAGGGGAGGCCAUUUGCAGCAGGAUAAAACUGAACCAGAGCAGACAAAGAAUCGAAACAAAGACACGAAAGAGACGGGUCUAAGUGCCCCUGAGCACUGCAAGAAAAACACAUCUAUUGCAAUGAAACCAUAACAAAUAUCACAGCUCUCAGGGUGCACUCUCAUCCUUGAGCAUGAAUAGUAACUCGGUUGUUGAAUACGCUGAAUGACACUGAAAAAUACUGGAAAACAGGAUGAUGAUGGCUGAGGUUGAUGUACAUAAAACAUGUGGCAUUGGUUACUUUCGAGUUUUCAUGCUGGCUGAAGGUGAAAAUUUGAAAUUGUGUUUGGGAUUUAUACAGUAUAUGUUUUCUGACAGUAAAUCUGUGUUUGUGUCGAUCAGCUGAAGGAGAAGUGUGUGUAUGAUGUGAAGACUAUCGCACAAAGCAUCACGCAAGGAACAAGAAAUGAGCUGGAGAAGAUUCGGGCCAUAUGGGUCUGGCUGUGUCACAACAUCGGUAGGUGUUGCACUGAAUUUUACAAAUCCCAUCAAUUUUUUUUUUAGCAGGGGGAUUUAUUUACAACUUGUUUCAGACUGACAGGAUUGUUGUUUUUGUAGAGUAUGAUGUGAGCGGGUACCUCGGCCACUCAGAGAAAGUGAGCUCCCCAGAGGAGGUGAUAGCGACCGGGCGGGGUGUCUGCUGUGGUUACUCCAACCUCUGUACCGAGAUGUGCAGGUAAACAAAACCUACUGUCAUCUUGUUUACAUGUCAUCAAGGGGAAAAUGCUCACACAAGCAUGCCAGGCCAGUAGGUGGCGAUGAUGUGUAAUCAGUCUGGUAAGUCACAUACCUUAGAAAACACAGUGAAUGUUCGAUGAGCAGCUGUAAACAGUCUGUUGGUUUACACUGACUGUUAAGUCAAGCUUUUAAACCACUUCCGCUAAGGUAGGUAACGAUUAUGCCCUCCGUUUCACCUUGUUGCUAUGGGGUCAUCUCCUAGUUGGCCUCAUGCCAAAUGAUGAAAUAGUCACAAUUACAGCUUUUAAUAGUUACUGCCUUUUGAACACACGAUCCAGCAGUUUUAACUUUUUUCCAUCCUCCCUUUUCUGUCAAUAUUUUGUUUGCUACUUUUGCUCCUAAGGGCCAAAGCCUGAUGUGCAAACUCUUGAGCAUGUGCAGAACACUCUCCAGUGUCAAAACCCUCCAUCUUCAGCGACCUAAAACAUAAAUCUGUCAGGACUCCUUUUGUCAAAAAGAAUAAAUCUACUCGUGUAAGAUUUGGGGGUAUAAACCACCCGUCCUUCCACAUGCUAACAAGGAAGGCCAAAGCUUGUAGUGAGGAGAGCAAACCUCCCCUCUGUUUCGUGUGCAAAAUAAAUAAAUAAAUAAAUAAAUAACCAGAACAGAAGAGGACUGGCCUAAGUGACAAACACCUGUAACUAGAGCCAGGCGAUAAACCGAAAAUUUACCGAUACUGAAAUUUACAACAAUAACCGAUGUCAUUGUGCCUAUAUCAGUAUAUUAAAAUUGUGUAGGUAGGGUGUGUGUAGGUAGGCUAUGGUCUCAUGUCCCUUUAAGAUGCUGUCCUACGUCAAAGAAGCGACUCCACCCCAUCCGGUCUGUAACAAAGAUGGAAAGACAGGUGAGGAGAUGGAGGACGGUUCAAAAGUUGUAGCGGCUGAAGUAGACGAAGUUAAUGUGGGAGGGGGUGAGCAGCUUGUGGAGUAGUUAUCAUCCAUUUAUCGUUAUCGAGGUGAACUGGUCAAUAUAUUGUGAUAUUGAUUUGAGGCCAUAUCGUCUAGCUCUACCUAUAGGAACUGGGAUGGAGGUGGGUUACAAAGCAGUUCCAGGAUAUACAGCAAGAGAGUUGCAGGCUAGUGCAAUUUAAACAGAAUACCCCAAAAUACUGAGUUUUGCUUUCGUGACGUGCCUGAACUAACACUAUGUUUAACUCUAAGUGUAGAGGGAGGUUAAAAUGGAACCUGCAGUUUCAAAGGCCUAAGACUGAUCCCAAUUUGCAGUGGUGUUUCAGGUUUUUGCAGAUUAGAGCUGCACUUACUGACAUCAGGGCAUUUGUGGGCAGCAGUACAAGCUCUGUAUAAAUAACACUGACGUAUCAUCAGAUUGUUAUGGCCUGUUUAAUAGCUUUACAAAAAAAAAUCCAGCAGAGAGGAACCAACUAUUAGCCGCAGACAUGGAGUUACAAAUUUCAGCGGAGAGUUCAGUUUCAAUCCUGCUCUAUUUGGGUGUCCAACAAGCUCUUGAGGGAAUAAUCUGACACUGAAGUUGCUAAAUGCUCCACUAUUUUUACCGGCUAAUUGCUUUUACUGGAUGCUUUUGGUGAGUGUAGAGUGGAUAUGAGAUUCGAGAGAGCAAAAGGUUAAUGAGAUUCAAGUCGACAAGCUGCCGUUACUGGAGUAAACUCUGACUGGUAAGCAGGGUGUACCUGGUGUCCAUCCUUAAUGACCCCUAAUGGGAUAAACAGUAUACUGUAGGUGAUAGAUGGAUGGAUGCUACUGUGCUGUUAAGUGUCAUUAAAUCUUAGUUAAGACAUGUCACAAGAUUUUGCUUCGCGGCAGAUUUUCAAUCAUCUAGAUGUCGGUAUAAACACAUCAACAGUAAAAAGAGUGCUGUUUCUCCUCGAUCCAUCACACAGGCCUUCAGUAUUGUGCUGCGAUCUUCAUCCUUGGGCCAUUCUGAGCUCAAGCAGGACAUUACAAGUUUAUAUAACCUGCACUACGGGACACGCAACCUUGAGCCAUUUUCGAGGAAACACAAAAUCCAGUCUGCUUUCUCUGUUUAUUCCGUGUUUACAGAGAGGUGGGCAUUGACUGCCAGGAAGUACCAGGCCACAGUAAAGGCAUCGGGUACCGUCAGGGCCAGAGCCUCAAGAAUGUGAAAUCUGAUCACCUGUGGAACGCUGUGCUUCUGGGAGGACAGUGGUUCCUAUUGGACGCCUGUUGGGGAGCAGGACGGGUCGACAUGGAGCACGAAAGCUUUGUCAAAAGGUUUGAAACUGAAGGAGGGUGGUGAUCCGACUACUAAAGUAAUUCUGUAGAGGGAAUGUUUUGUGAAAUACACCCAGUCCAGACAUUUAAAGCAGGAUCAGCCCAUUAGCAAUAUGUUUUACUCCAAACAGCUCUGUUAAGGUGACGAGUUAGUGUUUAGUGUGUGCACAAACCCAAAAUCCUGCAGUGAACUGGGUCUCAAACCAGUCUGCUGUCUCCAUCUGUUGCCUCCAAGGUUUGACGAUUUCUAUUUUCUAACGGACCCGGAGGAGUUCAUAGAUUCCCACUUUCCAGACGAGGAGAAAUGGCAGCUCCUGGACGUGCCCGUCACCCUGGAGGAAUUUGGGAGGAGGGUCUUCAAAACCUCGACUUUCUUCACCAUGGGGCUCAGGCUGAUUCAGCCUCAUCAGGCUCACAUCGUAACAGGUCGGUGUUUGACUUGUUGAUUCUAAAUGAGGCUGAAAUUUCCUUCUGAUUCGACGCAAUUUCAUCUAAAAUCUAAAAUGGAGUUAUCUCCAUAGUGCCCUUUUUAGGAGCAGGUAAGCCCUUUUUUGAAACAAGUAAUCAGGCAUUUAAAUCUGUAUGAACAAUGCACUAUUGUUUAAAAAUCCAUUUCUGAUUUCCACCUUUAGAUGAUGGCGAGGCAAACGUUAGCAUCGGCUUCUCCAGACCUGCAACUUUCGCCUAUGAGAUCACGCAGCAUCAGGACCUUCUUCACAGCGGCGCCUCGGAGCAGAAAGAGUCCAACAACUCCUCCUACGGCCUCCUGACAGUCUCACACCGGAGCAUGAAGCUGCAGCUCCUGCCGCCUGCGAGUGGUGUGUAUGACGUGAAGGUGUUUGCCAGACCUGACCCGGCCGAAACGCCCCUCUUUUGGGUCUGUUCCUUCACCGUGGAGUGCCCCACCCCAAGGGCCAUGGAGGAGAUCCCAGAGAACCCCUUCUUGUCAUGGGGUUUGCAGACUGCUGCAGGGUCUCUGGGUGUUGCAGGCAGCAGUCAGGGCAGCGAGGUCGCUGAGGUAGCGGAUGGAGUGUUUGAGUUGGCACUGAAGACGUCCAGGCCUUUGAUGGUGCUGUGUGAACUGGUACACCCUGAACUUGAGACUGCUGUAGCCAAGCGCUGUCUGGCCACUCAGAUACAGCCAAGUGUCCUGAAUUGCCACGUCUUGUGCCCUCUGCGUGGCUUCUACAGGCUGUCAGUGUUUGUGCGGGACUAUGAGAAAACAGAUGUGAAGUUCCACAAUGCUGCAAACUUCCUGCUGCAUUGCAAAGGGAAGGUGGUCGGCAUGGAUGAGCUCUUUCCCCCUAACCUGAGCUCAGGGUGCGGGCCUGGAACCCGCACAACAGAGGCAGGGCUGAUCAAAUUUAGCCACACGACUGCACUGUUGAGCACCCAGCAAGGCAAGUGUAACAUCACCUUCCACAACCAGCGGGACCUCGAGCUCCACACAGUGCUCAGCAGAGAGGAGAACAAACCAGCUGCCGUGCCGCUUACACGCCACCUCUUCUGCACAUACACAGACACCAAAGUGACGGUGAGCGUCAGCCUGCCUGAUGCAGGAGUGUAUCGGCUGGGUUUGUACGCUAAGAUCACUCCUGGGGGAGAUUUCAGCCCCAUGUGUGACUUUGUUCUGAGGAACAGCUGUGAUCAGCCGUGCCCUCCUUUCCCCAGUGUCUACUCGGCCUGGAGGAAAGGCUGCGUGCUCUUUGAGCCCCGUGUGGGCCUGCUGGAGCCCAACUCGUGGGUCCGCUUCAGGGUGAGGAUCCCUGGGGUCCAGAGGGUGAGCAUAGUGGGGGAGACACGAACUGAUCUGAAACUGAAUAAGAGCAGAGUGUGGGAGGGCGAGGUGUUCAGCGGGGACGGGCUGCAACAACUUAAACUAGCCGCCGCCUUAGGGGAGUCCAACGAUAUGGAUGUUUUGAUGACCUUUGACAUCAAGCAGGUGGUUUAAGAAGUAAGGAAUCAAAGGCUGGCACAGACCAGAUGGAUCCAGCUCAUGGAAAAUGCCAAUUAACUGCCUGAUGAGAUCUCAUACAGACUGACUUUAUCAAACUGGCUUUGAAUACAUCUCAAAUAACUUUGGUUCGUCUUCGUUCAGGUCUGACUGCAUACAGAGCAAUCAGGUUAUUACCGCUUAAAAUAUGGUGUUUUACGUCAUUUUUGUCAUAUAAUAAAACCUACCUGGCAGUUUUUAGAGCCCUUUUUUUGAAUGCUAUUCUUUUAUUUAUAUUAAAGUAGUGGUCAGUAGAUUAAAGCUGAAAAACGACACGACAAUGGUGCUCAACAGUGAUUUGAUACGGAUGAGCGGUGCAUUUGAUCAUUGCUGUUAUAUCAU